AUGGCGGCUCCGUCCCCGCAGGCAUCUGUGAGCGACCAGAUUCGCCAGCUCAAUGAUGCAAGGAAGCUCGUCUUAGGCGACGUCAAGUAUUACCCGACCGUCGUCAAGAGCAUCCUUCCCAUCGUCGGGCCUACGGCGGGUGUCGAACUUCGGAGAUGGGGCGCCGACUUCCUGGCCGAGGCCUUCUCGACGCCGGCGCUGCCCGGGAGCGAAAAGGAGACGAUGCAGCUCUUCGUGCUGGACACACUGCAAACCAUGGUCGAAACCCCGAACGAGGACCCCCACGUCCUGCGCAGCGCCAUUCAGACGGCCGCCAGCAUCUAUCCAUUUGCGGUGCGAUGGAUCAUUAACAACUCGUACGAUACCCUCACGUGGGAACGAAUGGUCGCGAUAAAGACGCGCAUUCUUCAGAUAUGGGAUGAAGCCGAGUCAACGGUGCGGAUAUGCUGCAUCAAGUUUGCGCAACGAGUCGUCCUCGCGCAAUCGGUGGCUAACCCCAACGAACCAAGACGUGGUGACUCCCUGGACAUCUCACUAGACAAGAUUCCACCAAAUCAUCAGACGUUGGAUGCUAGGACUCUCGACGCCGAAGGAGCUGGAUUGUUGGACAGGAUGCUGAGCGUGUUGCAGGAGAACAGCAGUGAUGUUCUUCUCGUUGAUGCUACUUUGAACUGCCUGUCCAUUUUGAUCCGCAGUCGGCCGGGUACGGCCAACAGGAUCCUGAAUGCCGUACUCAACUUCAACCCCAUGAAGCUUGCGAACUCGCCCAUGACCCCUAGAACCCGCGUGAUAGUCAAGUCCAUGGAGAAGACUACUCGUAUGCUCUUGAUUCAUUUGUCCAAACGCGACCCUCACAACCCAAUGGGGCCUCGGAUCCAGCAGCAUGUGGAGAGAAUGAUGCGUAUGAGACACGAAAUCUUCGACGAGUCCGGACGAAAGCGCGCCUUUGAAGCCCAACAGCACGCGGGGAUGGAUGCCAAGCGCCAGCGGGUUGCGCCCCAGGUGGCAACGAUGCCGCAGAUUCAAGUCACACCUUUACCUCCAGGUCCUCACAGCUUGGGCGAUGUCUUUACUCUCACUGGGAGCGAAGGACUGAAGGCCUUCGACGUGGGCACACUCCCGGCAGCCAUGGCUGCAAGAAUCAGCAUCAACACCCUCAUUCGUACAGACGCGCAACUUCUCGCGAAAGCCGUCGAGGGCAUUCGGGGACGGCUCAACACGUUGGCCGCACAGCCCCCACCACAAAUCAACCCCGAGACUGCUCCUCUAGGCGUCGACGAGGAUGAUGAUUACGAGCCCGAUUUCGCUGCCGCUGAGGACAAUGAGCAGAUUCUCAACAAGCUUGAUGGAGAUUCCUUGAUCAGAGCAGACGAUACCGAUCUUGGUCUGAGAACAUUUAAGUUGCCGCCCCCCCCUGCACUUACGCCAGAACUGGCGCUAAGCGCGGGUCAAGGCUCUGUAAUGUCGCUGUUCCAGUUUGUGAAAACUCUGGAAGACCCUGGCAAGAAGUCCAAGUCCGGUGUCAACCGGUUAGCGGCUAGUACUAACGACCGGGAAUCCUGGAUUGCCAUCAUCACACGUCUGGCCAGCCGCUCAUCGGCCGGCUUGGAAGAGUUCAGCCCCAAGGAUGAGGCCAGCAGUUCUGUGCCAAGGCCGUCUCUCGGCAACAGCAUAAGAGACUCUCUGUAUACCUACGUACUCGAGGACUUUCGACGGCGUAUUGAUGUUGCUAUUACCUGGCUACACGAAGAGUGGUACAACGAUCAGCUGCAGAAGAAGCAAGAGGGAAACCGCCCCCUUCACUACGAAAAAUGGGCGCUCAAGCUGAUCGACGGCUUCUCUCAAUACCUCAAUGCCCAGGAUAAGGUCCUCACCCGGUUCUUAGGCGAGGUCCCUGAGCUCAGUCCUGCCAUCCUCUCGCGCGUCAAGCUCAUGUGUCGCGAUCCGCUGGUGGUGCCGCUGGCUCUGACGAGUUUGUUAUACCUGGUCAUGAUGCGACCGCCGGCCAAGGAGCUUGCUUUGGACACGGUCCAGGACAUCUGGACAGAAUACGAGGACGCGCGACCUCUGGCGGCCAAGUACUUGGUCAAAUUCCGACCGGCAUGGUUGGAAUCGGCCAAAGCAGCAGCGGAGGGCGGAGGUAACCCCGCGGCGAACAACGCGACGGCGAUCUCAGCGUGA